UCGCGAGAUUCCGCAAAUCCGCUCAGGCGAGCAGGCGGCCAGCCCUGCCCGGCUUGGAGGGGUCCUGGAGCCAGCCAGGAUGGCUUCCCCCGUGGUGAGCUCUGCGCGCUCCCUCUGGAGCCUGGGGCCCGGUGUGCGGAGAACUCUCCGGGCUCUGCCGGGAUUGACACAGGUGAGAUGGAGCCGCUAUGAUGCUAAUUACAAAGAACCCCAACUUGAUAAGAACUACUACCUUAAGCCCUUGGAGGAGCUGACUGAAGAGGAGAAGUUUGAGCGGGAUCUCAAAACCACACAGAUCUUCAAAGCUCCCCCACCAUCAAAGACAAGCUCUUUGUUUGAGGACCCAGUGAUCAGUAAAUUCACCAACAUGAUGAUGAAAGGAGGAAACAAAAUACUGGCCAGAUCCCUGAUGACUGAGACUCUGGAAACCCUCAAGAGAAAGCAAUUUAAAAAAUACCAUGAAGCCAAAGCUGAGGAGCGGGAGGCCAUUGAAUGCAACCCCUACACCAUCUUCCACCAGGCCCUAGAGAACUGUCAGCCUGUCCUUGGCGUGGUCAGCGUCCUUAAAGGUGGCCGCUUCUACCAGGUCCCAGCCCCUCUGACUGACAAGCGCCGGCGAUUCUUGGCCAUGAAAUGGAUGAUUCAAGAAUGCCGGGAGAAGAAGCACCGGCAUAUGCUGAUGCCAGAAAAGCUGUCUCAUGAGCUACUGGAAGCCUUCCACAACCAAGGCCCUGUGAUCAAGAGGAAGCAUGACCUGCACAAGAUGGCGGAGGCUAACCGAGCCUUUGCCCACUACCGAUGGUGGUAGAGGGUAGGAAGGCCUAAGCCACGCAGUGAGACUCUGGUGCCAGUGGUCAGCCUCCUGCCCUUUAUUGGGGAGGCCAGCAGGCUUCAAAUUGAGGAGUGGUUAGAGCUUAGAAUGUAUGGGGGAGGCAUGUGAGUAGCGAAUUACUCAAGCUGUGCCAUCCUCUUGGCAUGCCCCCCCCCAUCCCAUUUUCUUCAUGCAAAGAACACAACAUUGGCUCCACAGAUGAGCUCAGCAAAGCUAGUUUCCUUUGCCUCAAUUCCAGCUGAACCUUUGGAUUUUGGAAAAAAGCAGCAGCAUUCGCUUUAGAAAAGGUUUACUAGAAAAGUCCUACACUGGUUCAUAAUAAAUUACUUAUGGAUGUGUGUAUAUAUAUAUUUUUAAAUCCCACACUGAACCAGUGUUUUGGUCAGCAGCUCAUUAAAAUUUGUCUGGAUAAAAUA